CGUGUGUGUGUGAGUGUGUGUGUGUGUGUGAGUGAUGUGGGUGUGUGUGCUGUCUGGCCCGGUCGGAUCCACGACACACUGCAAGAGGCGUGUUUUGCUACAGAACAGCCCCGGAGAGGCCCGCCGGUUUGGACACAGUGUUACCUUGUGUCCACUUGCUUUGUUGCCUUAAUGGGACCAGUAUAAGAGGGCCAGUUAAGUUGUGGAAUAACAUUUGUGAGUGAACAUCAGCCCGGCUCUGAUUGUUGGACAAACUCCGUGAUGCUGGGGGAGAUUUACGCACGGCUGACUCCAUUAAAUCAGCCUUAAUCUGAAGUUUAAGUUUCUGAAAUAUAGAUGACCUCUGAAGUGCUGUGAGAUUUAAUAUUACAUUACGGUUUAUGAUAUAAGCAGGUCGAGAUAAGAGCUGUCUUUAAUGUAGAAGCUUACAGAAAAUGAGACCAGUACAGAAAUAGAUUUGAGAGAGGGAGAUGGACAUGGAUGUGGAGGCUGAUGUAGUGAACUUUUAAACUGGAAUAAAAAUCGACCUCUGUUUAAAUGUUUGGCACAGAGUUGAUUGAUUGAUGCUCAGAAGAUGCUUUCUCAUAAUAUAAGUAGUAAAGAGGAUUUAACAAUUACACAUUGUUGAUCACCUCAGAUGAAGACCCUGUGAAGUUACAUGUUCUGUAGAUUGUGCUGGGAGUGUACUCUGAAAAUUGAUGACUCUAUUUCUUAUUGACACCCAGCUUUAUUUUUUGGAUAACUUCUUCUGUAAAACAGUCAUUAUGAUAAAAUAAAUACUUAAGUACUUGUUGGGCUUGGUCUUGAUUGAAGAGCUUGGUCACAAUUGUUUUUUUUUUCCAAUUAACUUGAAUGUGUGGUUGACGGUUUUUACCAAGCUUUACCUGAGCUCAGACUGUAGUUCACAAUACCAUUGGAGUUGUCUUCAUAUCAAACAGAGGUAUGCAGUUAGGACCGUCUGCAAGUUGCACAAGACAGCAGCAAGAAAGUAAUCCUAACCCACAAAAUGCCUGCAUUGUUGUUACUAGGAUAAAAGCAAUAAUAUCUUAGCUUGUUUUUAUGCAAAAGAGAAUGAAAUGUUUACAGUUCUAAUGUGAUUUUUAAUACGACCAGAUAUGAGGAGCAUUAACCAUGGCUGACAGUAAAACACAAUCUACAUGAAAUAAUGCGGCACAGACCCACUUACAGUCGCUGUAGCCCAUGUGAAAGCUGUUUUCUCAUCAUCAGUUAAUAACAAAAGAAGAAGAGAGCAUUAGUGCCUGGUGAUAGUGAAACAGGUGUGGUUCUGUGAGGUGUGGAAAUGGAGGAAACUGCAGAGACUUCUUCAGCUGAGUCCUUCGAAAGAAUAGCAAAACUGUGGUGGAGUACAAACUUUUCAGCAUGCUAUGGCAUUGUCCAGGUGCCCACUGGUCCAUGGUUCUGUCGGAAGUGUGAGUCACAGGAGAGGGCGGCGCGCGUGAGGUGUGAGCUAUGUCCCCACAAAGAUGGUGCCCUCAAGAGGACGGACAGUGGAGGCUGGGCCCACGUGGUGUGCGCGCUCUACAUCCCUGAGGUGCAGUUUGCCAACGUCCUCACCAUGGAGCCCAUCAUCCUGCAGUAUGUCCCGCAUGACAGAUAUAUCAAGACCUGCUAUAUCUGUGAGGACCACGGAAGGGAGAGCAAGGCUGCCUGUGGAGCCUGCAUGACCUGCAACAGACAGGGCUGCAGACAAGCUUUUCAUGUCACCUGUGCUCAGAUGGCAGGUCUGCUGUGUGAGGAGGAAGGCCCAGAAGCUGACAACGUGAAAUAUUGUGGUUACUGCAAGCAUCACUAUAACAAAAUGCAGAAGAAGUUGCGCUCCAGUGAAAACACAAGCAACUCUUUUAGUCACUCCAGAGGUCGCUCCAGCUCUCCAUCACUGGAGAAACAUCACCACCACAGACAGAGGAAGGUCAGCACUGGUGAUGAUAGUCACAAGGACAAGAUCCGGCAAAAAGAGCGCCACAAGAAGUCCUCCGACAGCCUGGGCUCCUCAGUGACAACCAGCAGUAUAGAGAAGAUAUCCUCCAGUCAUCACAGCAGCAAGGACAAUGAGAGAAAGUUGAAGAAGCUGAGCUCCCACAGUCACAGUCAUCGCAGCAAGAAGACGGGAAGCACCGGCAAGAGCUGCUCCUCUUCAUCCUGCUCCUCCAGUCCGUUCAACACAGGAGGCUCUCUGUCCUCCGCUCAGGAUUUCCAUCAGUUCUCAUCAUCAUCUCGCCUGGAACGUGAUCACGACCGAGGCGGUGAAGACCACAGUGGAGAGGAGCGAAAGGAGCGUCACAGGCGGCCGGCAGUCCAUGAAGAAGAGGACGAAGAUGAGGAUGAGAAGCAGGAGGACAAAGAUGAUGAAGAGGAUGAUGAGGAAGAGGAGGACAGUAAAUACCAUAAGCCACCAGCUUUGACUCCCGCUGAUGGCCCACUGGCAGGGUCACAUGACAGGCCAGAGGGCAACUCAAGUCCCUUUGAGAACAAGGUAACCAUUUCCACCUUUGGGUCUAUCAUGCGCAUCACCUCAUCAUCAAGCCUGGGCAGCAGCAGCAAGAUUCGUAAGAUCUCCUCAUCUGGGGACUACAAACCCUCCAAGUCUCUCUGUAAACCAUCUCAACUGAGCACGCCGCCCAUUCUGGAGGAGGCGGAUACAGACAAGAAAGCCACACCCCCACCACUGCCCCGGGAGAGGAGGCACCGCGGCAACAAGAAGAGCAGCCACGGUCCAGGACGCCCACGUGGCAGCAAGAACAGAGAGAGGAGGGAAGAGGAGCAUCAUCACCAUCAUCCCCACACAGCACCUCCUCCUCCUCUUCCUCCCCCUCCUCCUCCUCCUCCUCCAGCCUUAACCUCCUCAUUCUACCCGAGCCCAUCCUCCAUCCCUCACUCCACCUUAUCCUCCACACUCCCAUCUGCCUCUGUCUCUUCCUCCUCUUCUGCCUCUUCCUCCACCUCUUCUUUCUCCUCCUCCUCUGCAGGCAGUUUUUCCACAGGCCGCGGCAACUCGCUGCUCGGCACCGGUAUCUACUCCAGUCUCAAGGACCCUCUCACACUGAGCGGGGGUGUGUGCAGUACCCCUCUGUCUCUGGGUGGAGGGGUGUGUAGCACCUCCUUGUCCCUGGGAGGGGGUAUGUGUAGCACCCCUCUCUCCUCAGGACUCCUUCAAUCUCAUGUUUCCUCCCUCUCACUCCCGUCAGUCAACGCCGUCUCAAACACACAGGUCCAUCCAGGUUCCAGCACCUCCUAUAGUCUGACCUCCACGCAGCCUUUCGCCAGCUGUCUCUCCACAGCACCGGCACUGCCACCACUACUGAGCCAAGCCCAGACCUCACUGCCAGAGAACGACCUCGAUGACUGUCGCUUCCCGUGUCAGGGGAACUCACCAAGAGAGAGUCUUUCUUCACAGUCUCCUACGAGCUGUCUUCCUCUUUUGUUCGACCAGAGAGACGGGUUAGGUUCAGGAGUCCGAGCUCGUCCAGAAAACGUCCCCGCAGCCAGCUCUCACAUUGAGCUCCUGUUAGAGAAACACAGCAACGGAGAGAUGGGAGUCAACAUCGUGGAGAUGCUGCAAUCGCUUCACUCCCUGCAGCAGGAGAACCAGCGGCUCCAGGACCAGAUCCUCAGCCUGACGGUCAAAAAGGAGCGUCUGCAGUUGCUCAACACGGAGCUGGCCGUGCAGUUCCCUCCUCACAUCAUCGCCGCACACAGCUCCAUGCACACCUCGGCCCAGAUCAACUUUCUGUCAUCCACACAGGACCCCCUGAUCACCAAUAAAAGUCCUCUGUCCAAAACCUGCUUCCUGAAUGAAACCUCUUUUGUUACCUCGUCUGAGGAGCUCCACUCUGGUAGUCCGUCCCGCAGUAGCUCCUCCCUCUCCUUCCAGAGUACUCCUCCUCCCCAGCAGAGCCCGGCCUCCUUCGGUCAGCCCCUCUUGAACGGCCUGAGUAGAGGUCUGAGCGAUAGUUUGGCAGCUGGUCAGGGUGGCUGCUCCUCUCUUCCCAUGGUUGGCGGGCUCAUGGCGUCCCUCACAGGAAGUCCUCAGCUCAGUAUGAACGGCAUGCUGGGCAGUCUGAACGGGGUGAUCCAGUCACCCGUGCAGAACACACCUCAGCCAACCCUCCCUGCUCUGCGCCCUCAGCCUCCACCUCUCAACCCCCAGGCCCUCACACAGAGCUUUCAGCUGCCCAAGAGUGUGAGCCCAUCUUCUCUCCUGUCCGAGCAGCAGAAGCAGCUUCUCCUCGAGCAGCAGCAGCAACAGCAGCAGCUACAGCAGUUCCUCACCUCACAAAACUUCACUCCGGAGCAGCAGGUGGUGGUGUGCCAGAUGCUGCAGCAGCAGAGGCAGAGGGAGCUGCAGCGCCUCACGCUGACAGGAGCACUCACCUCCAACCCAAACUCCCCCAUGAUAGCCCAGUCACCCAACCUGCUGUCCUCAGCCACUGCCUCACCCCUGCAGGGCGGACAGGGAGGAGGCCUCUUCAGCCUGCAGGAAAAUGCACUUCACAAGCAGGGGGCUCCAGGAGAGAAGGGUGGAGACAAGAACGGGUGAUGUUUCUUACACAGGAGCAGCUCAAAUGAAGAAAUCCGGCAUUAAUGCCAACUUGAAGAACUGAGGUCAACCUUUGAGUGACUUUUGAACGUCUUUCCUUCCAUCAUCUUCAUCUUACACCCUCUUUUAUGAAUGUAUAACAGGAUGGACUUAAACGUCAAGGUGAAGUUUUAUGUGUUUUUAUAUUCUUUAUAUUCAAGGUUCUUCUCAUAGGUUUUUGUGUAGGCAGCUUUCAGAGAGCAUGGAAACCGUGAUCUCUUCUUAAAUUGCACUAAUUUGUUAGCUAGACCAAUGGAGCUGCUUUUAAAGGCAGAGCCAGAGUUCCUGCUCAUCCCUGCAGAGGCUGAGUUCGCUCCUGGGUUGAAGCUUAAACUCAAGGUUGGAGCGUCUCUUCUCUCUGUGGCUUCUUUUAAGCACUUACUGUUCAUGAUUUCCUGCUUGAACCAAGUUCCCAUCAGUCAGUGAGACUUUUUGCAACCUCAACUGUCUUCCUUGAUAUUUUGUCUUCCCUUUGUGUUGCUCACCCUGCCCUAUUUUCAUCCACUUUUUGUAUAUGUUGCAGCGUCUCACAUGCACUCAUGAUGUAAAGGUUAGAAAUAUACUGUCAUUUUUAAUGUGUGGUUAGUGGCAUUUCAACAUGAAGCUAGCAAUUACCUCAAAUAUUUCUGCUACCUAUUUCCCAUUUUUUUAAAUUGUGUGAUGACUCAUAACCGCAAUAGCCUUCACCGAGGAUAAAAUUAAGUCAUGUAAAUGUAAAAUGGCACAGAACCCACAUGUCCAAAAUAGCGCCAGAGUCCACUAGAGACAUCAACGCAGACUUUAUUUAAAACCACCAUGAGAGUUUCUAAAGACUUUUAUAUCCUUCCAGUUGCUAUGGAGAUUAAGCAGAGGAAACCAAACAUUUGGAAAUUGUAAGUAAGAAAUUAAUUAUUUGUCCUAAACAAGUGUGCACUUUGCAUGUUAGUAGCUAACAGAGCAAAUUAGCCAUCAACACAGUACCUUAUAAAGGAUGCUUGGUACUACGUAGGCCACUAGGCACUGACAGGUUUUUGAUUUAUGUGAGUAUUUUUGCACUCUUCCUCCUGAAGUGUCAUUUCUUGUGUUGUUUUCACACAUUGAUAUUCCUUUUCAUGUUCAUCAACUAGUUGUUCUUUUAGCAAUACUGGAUAGAUAAUGCCUUAAUGAUGUUAGAUUUACAGAGGAAACCGUGAGUCCAAAGGCUUACUCUCUUCUUGUCUUUCUUCGAUGGUGUUUUUUUAUCUCGGGUCCAUGGAGGGUAUAUUAGUAAAGUAAGAGCACUCUUCCUCAACCCGUUUAUACUUUUGAUAGCAGACUGAUAAUUUUAAAAGUUGAACUGUGUGAAUAACCGUAUAGUGGUAACUGAAGUGUCAAAUCAUUUUCUAUUGUAAUUUUUGUGUUCAGAUGCAAUGUUCUUUAGUUUGUGCUUCAGAGUACCCGAGAAACAAGGACUUAUUCUGGGUCUUACAUGAACCGCUGCACAGAGGCGUUAUAGGAGACUGCUGUGGACGGCCAAGAUGUAAACUUUUAUUAAAGUGCUGCUGCAGCAGAUAAUGAUGCACAGUGUAGCUGUUAUCAACUGAGAAGAUGGAGAUAUACUUAUGUUGUUAAUGUUGACCUUUACUUCAGGGCUGAUAGUGCCCAUAUUCAUGAAUUUCACUUAUGUAGACACUUUGAUAAGCUUUUCAUUUUUUAUAAACUCUCUCUUUCUUUCCACACCACUUCAUCAUAUGGUUACAGAAGCUCUGAGAGGCAACAGAGAAACAGUCGAUGUAAAAACAUUUUUGCCAGCAAGAUCUUCCAAAGGUGGAAAGGAUAAAAAAAAAAAAAGAAAUGUAUAUAUCAGCUGGAUUGAAAAAUAUAUGUUUUAGGAAUCUAUUUUUUUCUAUAUGCUUGAAACUGGUAAAAAUGUGUAGGGAGUGAACAAAGGGACUUUUUCGUACUAAUAUUAAGUCACUACUUCUCUGGGGUCAAAACGCCUCUUAGAACAGAAUGAGCAUUAAAUCAAAGAACUGCGCAGAGACUAUCUCCACCUAGUUACAUAUUCCAUGCGUAUGGGGACUGACUCCCACAGGGAAAGUGAUGUGGAUAUAUCAUUAAGACACAUCACUGCUUGGUGAAACACUUACUGGUGAAUUUUCUCAAACAUUUCCUGGUGAGUUCUCACAUAGACUCACCCGGACUUUUAGGGGGGAUUUUUAUUAUGGGCCAUGCAAGAAGAAGUCUGGGUAAAGUUGAGGUGAAACAUUUCGGCUAAUUGCAUGCACUUCAACCUGACAAUUUCUGGAUGUUUUGAGAGUUUUUCUCAUAUGUGAAUACAGCUUAUGCUAAAUGUUUGAAGAUGAAAGUCACCUCUUUCAAUUAUGAAAAAAAUAUGGUGGCUGAAACAUUUUUCCACAUGUUCUUAUGAGAUAAAGGCAGGAGAGAAAACCUAGAUUAGACUUAAAAAACAAAAACAUUUAUUCCCCUCUUGCUUCUCGGGGCUUCUGCAGUCUGUGCCUGUGUUAGGCUCACUUUUUCUAAAUAGGCCAGACAGAGUGAGUGGUUAUUUUACCAUGUUUUCUCAUUUGUUCUUUAACAACAUUGUCAAGACCUUGUUGAAAUAUUUUCUCGCCUCUGUUUGCGAUGUUGAACAUGAUCUCCCUCACAUGUGAUAUCUGGAGUGUUAGAUUGUUUUGUUAGCAGCUAAUGUAGACGUCAGAAAGGAACCUCAAGCAGCUCACGAGUCAGUGAUAAAUACUGUAGCAGCGACAGGAGGAGAAUGUUGAUUAUGUUGAUAAAGACAUGAGCAAACGCGUUGACAUGACUCCAGGUGGGAGGUCUGCAAUUAACCAAGUAUGUCCUUAUUGUGUAAGUCCAGACUCACAACCAUGUCCAAGAGAUUGACUGAGGAUGUUGUGAAGGAUUUCUGAAGCGGUUUCUUUCUCAUGUUGCACUGGGGCGCUUUGGGCCCAAUUGUAAAUCGUUUUUUAGUACCUUUUUCAAUUUUGUUGGAAUACGAGUUGUAUACUUUAAUAUGUUUGUGUAAAGACACAUUCAUUCUUUUAAGCUUUGAAGUUUGGGUAACCACGAUAAUCCAUGUUCUGAAUGUCGUACUGUGUAUCUUUUAUGUAUUACAACAUUUAAGCACCUGGCUCUGAAUGAGGUCUGAUGGAGAGCAAGUUACUUAUUGGGAUAUGAAUUGCAUGAAAUGCAGUGAGGUCUCUCAAAUGUGUUGCUAAAUACCAAGUAAUAACUAUGCAUAAUUUUAAAUGCAUUGUUCCCUGAAAAAAGAAAUGAAAUGAAAUGAGCACUGAAUUUUAAAAAAGGACAAGCAUGUUGUCAUUGUACAGUGUAUUUGUUGGAGAGAAUUGAACAAAACAAAUUUGACAAUAUUCAGAUUAAAAGCCCUGUAAAGUAUUUUGAUAUUUUUGUGUGUAAAAUUAAAAGGACGGAUUAAGACAACUUUUUUUGUCAAUAAAUGUAUUUUACUGA